CUGGCUGAGGGAGCCGUGCGGAGGGGGGUGGGUGGCUGAGUGAAUUGGACCGUCUCUCUUCCCGUCCGCCUCGGGACUGGGCGGGGGAGCCUCCCGUCGGCCCCCACCCUCCACUUUCCCCUGAGGCGUCUCCUCAGCCCCUUCCCUUGUGGGGUCUUUCCACCCCUUGGGCUGUCCUGAGGCGGGGGGGGGAAGGAAGGAGGGACAGACAUGUCGCCCCCUCAGAGGGGGGCAGUUGUGGCCGAGGCAUGAGGACCCCGAAGAAGGAAGGAGGCAGGAGAGCCAAGAGGGAGGGAGGGAGAGCCUUCUCUCCCCUCCCCACCAGAGUGGGGACUUAGGGGGGUGGUCUCCCUCCUCCACACCCCCAGAAGCCACCGGUCUUCUCCUUUCUCAGAAGGUUGGCUGCGUCCCAUUGCGGGCAUGUUGAGACAUGCGGAAGAUCAGUGGAGUGGAUGUAUGACACCCGGGGGAUUGCUCUAACAGCUGGGGGCACACCAAUAUGGGCCAGUGUGUCACCAAGUGCAAGAAUCCCUCUUCCACCCUCGGCAGCAAAAAUGGCGACCGGGAGUCGAGCAGCAAGGCUCACGGCAAGCGGGGCACGAUCCACAAAGAAGAGCACAGCACCGUCUGCAGCAAGUCCUCCGGGGACAUCCUCGUCAACGGGACGAAGAAGAUGGAGGCCGCUGUAGAUUCUAGCCAGCCACCGGCUUCCUGCGGGGACACAAAGAAGGAGCCGGCGUCCGGCACCGAGGAAUCGUCCCUCCAUAGGACUGAGGAGUUAUUUAGGAGGUACAAGGAUGAGCGGGAAGAUGCCAUCUUGGAGGAAGGCAUGGAACGUUUUUGCAACGACCUCUGCGUCGACCCCACUGAGUUCAAAGUGCUCGUCCUCGCGUGGAAGUUCCAGGCGGCCACCAUGUGCAAAUUCACCAGGGCCGAGUUCUUCGACGGCUGCAAGGCGAUCCACGCGGACAGCAUCGAAGGGAUUUGUGCUCGAUUCCCCAGCCUCUUGAACGAAGCCAAGCAAGAGGAGAAGUUCAAAGAUCUCUACCGUUUCACUUUCCAGUUCGGCCUGGACUCCGAAGAGGGACAGAGGUCGCUCCACCGAGAAAUAGCCAUCGCCCUUUGGAAGUUAGUUUUCACGCAGAACAAGCCCCCUAUCUUGGACCAGUGGUUACACUUCCUAAACGAGAACCCCUCAGGAAUCAAGGGAAUUUCCCGGGACACGUGGAACAUGUUCCUCAACUUUACUCAGGUCAUCGGGCCGGACCUUAGCAAUUACAGCGAGGACGAGGCUUGGCCCAGUCUGUUCGACACCUUUGUGGAAUGGGAAAUGGAGCAGCGGAAAAAGGAAGAGGAGGUCGCGUGCGUGGUGGCUUCACAGACAGACAACUUCAGCGCCGAGCACCCAACUUAGCAGCCUCUGCCGUGACUGCCGUCCCCCCGUGGAACCCUUUGUCAUUUGUAAGCUCUGGACUCCUCUGGAAUUUACAGACGCUCCAGAUUUUUCUACUUCAUACCUUUCUCUGCCUUGUUACCUGAAAGGGCUCUGAAAUACCAGAUCCAUAUUUUUAGGCACUUUCAUUUAAAAAAAAAUGUUUUGGGUUAUUCCUGUUAUUUUCCCUGGAAUGUUCAAUACCCUGUUAGCAAGUUAAACCAUUACUUUUUCUUUUCACUCUCUCUCUCUCUCACUCUCUUUUUUUUAAAGGAGGUUUCAACUUUUGGAAUAAUUAUGUCUUGACGUCGGUUGCACAACUUUAAAGAAAAAACCACAAUCCUUUUUUGGUGAGGUUUAAAUUAACGUUGCUAAAUUAUACAGUGCCAGGUUGCCGUUUUGCAUCGGUUCUUUUCUUCUUUUUGUCAGGGCAGGUUUAUACUGUGUGUGUUGCUGUUUACAUUGAUUUUUUUUUAAUUUUAAAGUUGUGUUUAAUUUUAAGAUGUAUACCUUGAUUCAUAACAGUGUUGACUGUUAAACUACGAACGCAUUAAUUCCCAGGUGAAUGAGACUGAAAGCCAAUGAAAGCAUCGUUUUCCUUUUGUGAAGCCCGGCUAGCCUCUUUUAAGUCAGCUCCCCCCACCCCCCUUUAAUGAGAUGACGGAGAAAAGAAAAAAAAUGCCAUACGACAGAGCUUUCGGUGUCAGUUUUGUAUCACCAGUCAUGGGACGAAAUGACCCAUGUGCUCCCUGAAGAGGGCGGCUUUCUUUUUCCUGUGUCCCAGACCUCCGCCCCCAUCCCCAUCCCAGUUAGCUAUAACUGGAGACUAUUUCGCAAGCUCCUCCCAUUCAACCGGACAUCUCAUCAUGCCCUGCAAGGAAGGGGGGUUGUUCGUAAACCCCUCUCCCCCCUGCAAUGACUUGGCAAUGGUUAGGCUGAUGGCAUCUGCGUUAAAAGCGUGCGGAGAGAUCUCUCUGCUCGGCCCUCCCUCCCGCAGCUAAAACACGUGGGGCUCCUUGGGGUCCCUGCCAGCUUCGCAAACCCACGACUGGCCAGCCCUUGCUUUCUGCAAGGGGCAAACAAGGAGCAGUGAAAUCCUUCCUGGCAGAGGCUGUCGGUUUCUCCUCGCUGGAGUGUCUUUCCUUUUUAGUUCAGGGACCACCUUUUUUCACGACGUGCGGAACCAUUUUUACUUAACUCGCCUUUGGCUUGUCCAGUUGUUUCCUGGGGUUUCGCCUAAUCUUGACAGCAGCGGCCACUUUCACCUCCCUGUACAGGUGACUAAAACUUCCCGCUUUUGUGCUUCAAUUUCUGUAUAAAAAAAAAUGUUACCUUCUUUGGCUUGAUGAGUAUAUUGUGUCAGAGUUAGGAUUGCCUCGAACUGUUUUCCUCCCCUCACUUCUGAAGCCUAAAUUGGCAAGUCGCAGUUAAAGUCGUCCCAUUUCUUCCUGCCCUGUCCCCGCCCACGAAGGAAUUUGCUCCAGAUAAGUCUGAUUGCAAAGCCCCCUGCAUUUCUAACACCCCAGACCUAAAUUCGACCACUUCAUCUUAUUUUACAGCAUGUCACUUCAGCAGUUUGAUGCUUCUGCUUUUCAGAUUGCUAUUGAAAGACCCAGAGCUUUUGGGUCAAGAACAGGUAACACGGUUAAUUUUACUUUUCUUUUUUAAAAAAACGGCCUUAAAUGGCAACCCAGCUGGCAUCUUGUUUUGGGCUGACUUAAACGAUGUUUCAAUAGGACUGAAAUUAUUAUUAUUGUUAUUUUAAACAACGACCCUGUCCUGGGAGCUGUUGACUUGCUUGAAAUUGUUGUGACCUUUAAAAAAAAGGGAGUUUUAUUAACACUGGCUGAAUUAACUGACUUCUUAAAAUGUCAGCAUUUUAAAAAAACUUUUGGUAAAAGGGAUAAUUGCUGAGGCUUUCUUUGGAAACGAGCCUGACCUCCACGCUACACACACACAUAUAUAUAUUUUUAAGUAUGAAAUUUUAUUUCUUGUCAUGAAGGCUCAAAGUAGGCUUAAACUAAAACAAAACCCAGUCUCUCGUCUUUUGAUGAGUUGAUGGCUUCAAUCGACUGCAUUCUGAAUCCGCUUACAAUCCCGUCUUGUUCGGCAGAGGGGACAAGGGGUUUCAGAUCGGCGAUGAUAGCCUUUUCCGUCUGCCAUGCUGACCGAGCAGGUAUGACCGCCCGCUCAUUUCCCCCACGGCGUAAUUCUGCCAACAGGCCGAGCUUUUGAACUCGGACCUUGCACUGCUGGGUAGCUCUUUUGCGCAGGGCAGCGGACAUAGCACAGCCCCGCCAUAUCGUUUUGGUCCCCUCCCAAUAUGCACAGGUAUGUUUUGGGGGGGACUCUGUGACUCCCCCCACCCUGACCCCCCCCGUUAAUUCCAUCUAUACAAUCCAAUCUCGUCUCCGUUUUCGGCCUCUGACAACGGCAGGGGUGGAUUUAAAAUUUACAAACCAAUAAAGAAAUACUUGAAAUUCACAUCCUUUCUCACUUGUCAGCAGCAGGGGUUUGGCACCGGUUGUGUUGGUUUCUGUUGCUGUUCAGUGUAUCGAGAAGCACUCCUGGUUUUAAAGCGCCACGGCGACUCCCGAGACCCUGCACUGGAGUCCCUCUAGGGAAUUCUUUCUUUCAUGUUAAGACUGCAUGUGCAUUCGAUCGAUGUCAUUUUUUUUUUGGCUAAUUACAAACGAAGUUUUGUGCCUAAAAUGGGAUGGGGUGGGUUUGUCUUGUGUUAACUGGGUCCCACGGGCCUUGAACCCUCUCGCUUGACCUUGCAAAAGUAUUUACCCACAUGCUUGAAGGUUCAGCCCCGAGGACUUGAGAAACAAGCCUUGGUUAUUAAACACAUACAUGAAUUUA